UUAGGUGCCAUCGAGUAUGUUCUGUCUCAGCGACCCUAUAGAACAGUGUAGAACUGCCUCCUAGGGUUUCCAGAGAGCAGGUGCUGGAUUUCAACUGCCAACCUUUUGGUUAGCAGCUGAGCUCUUAACCACUGUGCCACCAGGGUUCUGUUCUUAAAUGUUUUCGUUUUUUGGUGGGGACGCUACUGGCAUUUUUGGUGGGACAGCACUCCUACAUCUUGCCCACUAAGUCAAGGAGCACCUUCCAGACACUGUGACAGCCUGUUGCCCCUACACAUUUCCACAGAUCCCCAGGGGAUGGUACUGCCUGUAGUCGAGGGCUGCCAUCUUGUAGGAAUUGUUCCCCAAAUCCAGAUAGAACAGCAGGCUCCUUACAGUGUUAAUGUUUGUGAUGUGGGGAUGUCUGUGUUAUAUUUUUACCACAAAUGUAAAGUUUCUUGAAGAUGAUGUUUCAAAACAACGUUCACUCAGAAGUAGCUCGCUACCUGUGUUUGCUUGGUGGAGGGUGUUUCGUUUCAGCAGCAAACAAAUGUCCUUGCCUUUUUGUAUUACCAACAUGGCCUUCAAUCCAAAAGCAGAGGACAACCCACAGUCAUCGAGAAGCCAUCAGCCAAAGAGUUGCGGGUUUUCCUGUUCUGCAUGUGGUUAGAGGUUCCUUCUUCAAGGCUCCUUGUGGUUAAGGAGGAACUGAUGGUUGAGGCGUUGUCAGUAAUGCUGGUCUGAUUGUCUAUGUGUGAAAUCCACCAUUUUCCAGAUAACGGAGUCAAUGUUUCCAGAGUAUUUGCCCUUUGUAGUAACAGCAACGAGUUAUUUCUGCUUUUCCAAUAAUAACAACUGCAGAACUUUUUAUGUGCGGGCACCUCAGUGCUUUAUGAGAAUUAUCUUAUUUAACCCACAGCAGCUCUGUGGCAUAGGUACUAUCAUUUCUCUCUUUUCUGAUGAGGCACCUGAGUGUCAGAGCCUUAGAAAGGACAGGCUACCUGCCCAGGGUCCCAAAACUGGGAAGUGGCUGGGUCAGUGCUGAGCCUGCCUGGGACUCCAUGGCCACAUCCUGUGUUUCUUGCUUUCUAACCAUGAGUGCUUCUUGAUGAAAACAUGCAUGCUUCGGGGACGUACCACCAGUUCGUGUUUGUGUUCCACUUUCAUUGUUGGAGACGUUCUGCCUCCGACCAGUAUUUGAUGUUUAUGUGCCGUGAAAGUAUGAUAUUUGUAUGCUGAGCAUCUGUUUUCCAUUAGACAAGAUUAGAGUCUAGCUUUCUCAAUGUGAAGUUCCAAAUUAAUAUGUAUUAGUAAGUUGUACCUUGUUUGGGUCACAGAACUUUUUGAGAAGCUGAUGAAAGACCUUCAUCUUAGAAAAUUCACAGAUGAUUUCGCGUCUCAUUUCUGAGGGUGCUUUUCAUGUUCAUGGGCCUAGACUAAGACCCGUGCACUGGCGCUGCAGUGUUUUAGUGAAGCCUGUCCCAUUUGUGUUUUGAAUCUGUGGUGAUUGACACAUGCAUUUGUCUUAAACCUGUUGCCGGCUCUCUUGGUGGUAACGGCUGCCUGGUCUGCCAUCAGUGGGAGAACAGAGGUCCCCAUGCAGUCCGCUGCUCUCCACCUGGUGGGACACUGAUUUUGUAUUUCAUGGCAAGACCCUUGGACACAGCAGGGCAUAGUGAACUAAAGUGGGACCCCAUCCAGCUCAAGGGCACAGGGAGUGUGUAGAAUUUGCCCAGAAGCAUUAGCAUACACAGCCAACCUUGAGAGCAAGAAGGGGAGAUGUUCCUGGCACCAGAGCUGUAAAUGGAGCUGCAGCUGAAAGGCUCAGGGUUUUAGAGCCAGGAGUUCACAUUCUGAUGCUGGAGUCCCGGAGCUGGAGCCAUGAGUGAGUUUCGGAUCCACCAUGAUGUUAAUGAGCUGCUCAGCUUGCUGCAUGUCCAUGGGAGCGACGGGGCUGAGGUCUACAUUGACCUGCUGCAGAAGAACAGAACCCCAUAUGUCACGACCACUGUCUCUGCACACAGCGCCAAGGUUAAAAUAGCAGAAUUCUCUCGAACUCCAGAAGACUUCCUGAAGAAGUAUGAUGAGCUGAAGUCUAAAAACACGCGGAGCCUGGACCCACUGGUGUACCUGCUGUCGAAGCUCACAGAGGACAAGGAGACUCUGCAGUACUUGCAGCAGAAUGCAAAAGAGCGGGCUGAGCUCCUGGCCAGUGCUGCAGCCAGCUCCACCCCCAGCUUCAGUGUCCCUGCCUCUGCCUCCAAGAUCUCCACGCAGGAGCUUGAGGAGCUGAGGAGGCAGCUCGGCAGUGUGGCCACGGGCUCCACGCUGCAGCAGUCUCUGGAACUUAAAAGAAAGAUGCUUCGAGACAAACAGAAUAAGAAGAACUCAGGCCAGCAGCUCCCUGUGUUCCCAGCGUGGGUGUAUGAGCGACCUGCGCUGACCGGGGACUUUCUGAGCAACUCGGGGGUGGGCGCAGAUGCGGCCCUCCCCAUAGGCGCCCUGCCCUUGACCACCCAGGAAUCGGCCAUUGUGGAGGACCUGCUCUACGUGCUGGCUGGUGUGGAUGGCAGGUACAUCACUGCACAGCCCCUCACGGGCCGACAGAACCGCACCUUCCUCGUGGACCCCAACCUGGACCUCUCUGUCAAGGAGCUGGUGAACAGAAUCCUCCCGGUGGCCACCAGCUACUCUACUGUGACCAGGUUCAUUGAAGAGAAGUCGUCCUUUGAGUACGGGCAGGUGAACCAUGCCCUGGCAGCUGCAAUGCGCACCCUAGUGAAGGAGUAUCUGAUCCUCAUCACGCAGCUGGAGCUGCUACAGAGGCAGGGCUUGCUGUCGCUGCAGAAGCUCUGGUUCUACAUCCAGCCGACCAUGCGCACUGUGGACAUCCUGGCUUCGCUCGCUACAUCAGUGGAUAAAGGCGAGUGUCUGGGGGGCUCGACCCUCAGCCUCCUCCACGACAGAAGCUUCAACUACACAGGGGACAGCCAGGCCCAGGAGCUGUGUCUGUACCUGACCAAGGCUGCCAGCGUGCCCUACUUUGAGAUCUUGGAGAAGUGGAUCUACCGGGGGAUCAUCGAUGACCCAUACAGUGAGUUCAUGGUGGAGGAGCAUGAGCUGCGGAAGGAGAAGAUCCAGGAGGACUACAAUGACAAGUACUGGGACCAGCGGUACACCGUUGUGCAGCCGCACAUUCCAUCUUUCCUGCAGAAGAUGGCGGACAAGAUCCUCAGCACAGGAAAAUACCUGAAUGUAGUCCGGGAGUGUGGCCACGAUGUCACUUGCCCAGUAGCCAAGGAGAUCACCUACACGUUGAAGGAGCGGGCAUACGUGGAACAGAUAGAGAAGGCCUUUAACUAUGCCAGCAAAGUCCUCCUGGAUUUCCUGAUGCAAGAGAAGGAGCUCGUUGCCCAUCUGAGGUCCAUCAAGCGCUACUUCCUGAUGGACCAGGGGGACUUCUUUGUGCACUUCAUGGACCUGACUGAGGAGGAGCUGAAGAAGCCAGUGGACGACAUCACGCCCCCCCGCCUGGAGGCCCUGCUGGAGCUGGCCUUGCGCAUGAGCACCGCCAACACGGACCCUUUCAAGGAUGACCUGAAGAUCGAUCUGAUGCCCCACGACCUCAUCACCCAGCUCUUGCGUGUCCUGGCCAUUGAGACCAAGCAGGAGAAGGCGCUGGUGAGUGCUGAGCCCACAGAGCUCACGCUGAGCGGCCUGGAGGCCUUCUCCUUCGACUACGUCGUCAAGUGGCCCCUGUCACUGAUCAUCAACAGGAAGGCACUGACCCGCUAUCAGAUGCUCUUCCGGCACAUGUUCUACUGCAAGCACGUGGAGCGGCAGCUCUGCAGCGUCUGGAUCAGCAACAAGACUGCCAAGCAGCACGCCCUCCACUCGGCCAAGUGGUUUGCGGGUGCCUUCACUCUGCGGCAGCGAAUGCUUAACUUCGUCCAGAACAUCCAGUACUACAUGAUGUUUGAAGUGAUGGAACCAACGUGGCACAUUCUGGAGAAAAACCUGAAAUCCGCCUCCAACAUUGAUGAUGUCCUGGGUCAUCACACCAGCUUUCUGGACAACUGCCUCAAGGACUGCAUGCUGACCACCCCCGAGCUGCUCAAAGCCUUCUCCAAGCUCAUGUCCGUGUGUGUCAUGUUCACCAACUGCAUGCAGAGAUUCACUCAGAGCAUGAAGCUGGACAGUGAGCUGGGCCGCCUGACAUUAGAACACGGGACCAUGUUGGGGCCGCCCACGGAGGCUGAGCGGGCUGAAGAGAGUGCCCGGAAGAAGCUUGCCAAGAAGCACCUGGCUGAGCACAUGGAUGCGCCACAGGUGACAUCUGGCUUUGAGGCCACCAUCAACAAGUUUGACAAGAACUUCUCGGCCCACCUCCUUGAUCUCCUGGCCCGCCUGAGCAUCUACAGCACCAGUGACUGUGAGCACAGCAUGGCCAGUGUCAUCUCCAGGCUGGAUUUCAACGGCUUCUACACGGAGCGCCUGGAGCGCCUUUCUGCAGAGAGGAGCCAGAAGGCGGCUCACCACGUGUCUGCUCCGCGGGGGCCCCCGGCAGCCGUGCCCAGGAUCGCGGUAGCUGCCCAGUGAGCCCCAUGCAGAGCAGCCAUGCGUCGUGCCUUCUUGGGUCCCUCCUGGGCGUAGGGGAGCUCCUGCGUCAGCCAGCCAGCAUGCACAGCAGGGUGGGUGUCUGUGGAUGUGUCGAUCUGUUGCUCGUCUGUUUGCUUUUAAAGAGCUGUCUUGCCCUGUUUUGUUUUUGCUUGAAAUAAACAGAAAAUGAAAACA